AAAACAAAACCAGUGACGUUUCACGAGAGCUUGGUUUUGAUUGGUAAAUGUUGACAGCACGAUCUUCACGGACCUGCCGCACGAAUCCCUGACAACCACCACCUCACGUCAUGGAAGCUGUUCGAGGUGUCCUAACGCUGGUGUUCACCUUGACUCUGAUCGUCCAGGAGAGCUACGGUCGUGUUGAUCCUGGCCAAGACUACAUUACUCAUGUGCAAGCCAGAUGUCCCGAAGAUGGAUACAACGUAGCUACCCUCCAUGUGCUGACUGAUCUCGAGGGUACGCAACCGUACGCCCUGUGCAAAGAUGGGCAUAUGUUUGCUUUCAGCAAAGAUGACGUCGGUUCCUGGGGAAUGAACCCUGUCCUUAAAGGCAACCCGAGAAAACAAUGCGUCUUUAAUAGGAAAGAUGACAGUCAGACUUAUGUUCUUCACGUGUACGUCCCCCUCACCGGCGGCAUCAUCAUCAGAGAAGAGGCCCCAAAGGUCAUCACCUGCACCUACGACAACUACGGGGAGCGCGAAAGCCCGAAAUCGAAAUUUUCAGACAGCAAGCAGCCGUUGGUUGGGAUUCUAUCAAACCAAGGGAGGUAUGCCAAGUCGAAAAUAGACGUAUAUCUGACUGAUGUCCAACAGAAGAGGCUAGUCGGCAAAAUCCGAUUGGGACGAUACAUUCAGCUACGGGCAGAGCUUAUCGGAAACUACAGCGACGAAGUUGGCCUUCAGGCAAUCGGGUGCCAAGCGGAAGGAAUGUUUGGCUCGUAUGAAGUGCUUAUAGCAGGUUGCGGCGACGGUGCGAUAAUCAAGAAGACCCAAGGCUUCACCGCCAAAGGCCGGACGACCGCGAGCCCUUACUUCAGGGCUUUCAAACUGGUCGGAAGUUCAAGAAUGAACUUCCGCUGUACGUUCAUAAUCUGUGAGAAAAAUUGCGAUGGGAGCUCCUGUCACUACGUGGAAAACCCACUGACGGCGUCUGGAGGAGGAGGCCGAAAAUGACUCGGACCAUCGACGUCAUCCGUUGCCUGCGUUGGAUCAUUUCAUGGCCUCGUGUUGCUAUUCUCAUGCUCCGUGCUGUCGUUGUUGCAAUCUGUUUUGUUUGUGGAGUCGACCAAUUGUUAGACGAAACCUUAGAAAAUAUAUAAACAUGUGUGGUGAAAACUCAA